AUGGGUGUAAUACGCAAGAAGACCGCCUCGCGCGGCACCGAGGCAGGCACCAAGUUCCACUGCGAUGUGUGCUCAAUCGACGUGACCUCAACGGUCCGCAUCUCGUGUGCUACCUGCCCUGAAUAUGACCUCUGCGUCCCCUGCUUCGCGGCUGGGGAGCGAUCCAAGAACCAUGACCCUGCCACCCAUUCUUUCUCUGUCGUUGAACAAAACUCUGUGCCAAUCUUUCAGGAGGACUGGGGUGCUGAUGAGGAGUUGCUGUUGUUGGAGGGGGCCGAGAUUUAUGGUCUCGGCUCAUGGGCCGAUAUUGCAGACCACAUCGGUGGCUAUCGCACCAAGGACGAAGUGCGCGACCACUACGUCAACACUUACGUUUAUGGAAACCACUUUCCACUCCCCGACCGUGCCGAUCCUGAUGACCAUAGCCUUCAAGAUUCCAUCCCGAAGGAGGAAUUCCAGGCGCGCAAGAAGCGUCGGAUUGAGCAGCGUAAGGAGGCUGCAAAGGCUGCUCCACCUACAACUCCCAAGCAGAAGCCUACUGCAAGUGUACCGGCAUGUCACGAAGUGCAAGGCUACAUGCCUGGUCGAUUAGAGUUUGAGACGGAGUUCCUCAAUGAGGCCGAAGAGGCCGUCCAGCAUAUGGCCUUCGAGCCCGGUGCGGGCAUCGGCCCCAACGGCGAGAUGGAUGCGGAAACCGAACUGAAGAUGACUGUGGUUGAUAUCUACAACUCGCGAUUGACGGCACGAACGGAACGCAAGAAGAUUCUCUUCGAGCACAACCUCUUGGAAUACAGGAAGAACACUGGACAAGAGAAGAAGCGCUCGAAGGAAGAGCGGGAUUUGCUGAACAAGGCCAAGCCGUUGGCGCGAAUGAUGAACCGCCAGGAUUUUGAAGAUCUGAACAAGGGUCUGGAAUACGAGCACAACCUUCGCCUCGCCAUCUCACAACUUCAGGAGUGGCGGCAAAUGGGCAUUGGUGAUCUGAAGACAGGCGAGAAGUACGAACAGGAUAAGCAAAUGCGUGUUCAGCGGAUGCUCCCACAAGGCUCUUUCGACCGCUUUGCCAGCGCUCGUCCUAAGCAAGGUCAAGCGCCCGAGACACCUACCGCAGCGUCCCAGCUGACAACACCUGAGCUGCCUUUGCGACUUCAAAAAGCAGCAGACGCCCACAAGCAGUCUGAGCCUGAGCCCAUGAAUGAUUUCGACCGCGCAUUUGCAAUCAACGGCGACUCGGCCCCUCCGCAGCCAGCUAAGACCAAAUUCGUAGUACAACCACUGAGCGGGGUUUCGGCAUGGAAGUUAGAUGGCGAAGGUGCAGCCGACCUUCACCUCUUGACAAAGGAGGAGGUGGAUGUGUGCAAUGCGCUGCGUCUCAUGCCGAAGCCAUACCUGGUUGUCAAGGAGACGUUGUUGAAGGAAGCAAUGAAACAAGGUGGCAGUCUGAAGAAGAAGGAUGCACGAACGAUCUGCAAGAUCGAGGGCACCAAGACCAGCCGCAUUUACGAUUUUAUGGUCCACAGCGGAUGGAUUAAUAAGGCGUAG